AUGGCUACACAAACGGCUAUCCAGAUGAAGGGCCCUGGCAAGGCCGAAGUCGUCACGGACACUCCCAUGCCUAGGCUUCGCGACGACUACAUCAUCGUGAAAACAGCGGCCGUGGCACUGAAUCCGACCGACUGGAAGCAGAUUGACUACCUCGCCAGCCCUGGGGCGAUUGUGGGCUGUGACUACAGUGGUGUAGUAGAGCGGGUUGGCCCUGCUGUCAAGCAUGGACCACAUGUUGGCGAUAGAGUUAUGGGAAUGGUUCAUGGCAGUAACCACUCGAACCACGAAGACGGGGCGUUCGCGGAGCAUGUCACUGCGAAAGGGGAUCUUCAAAUCAAAAUUCCCGACUACAUGACAUUUGAAGAGGCUGCAACGCUAGGUGCCGGCAUCAUCACCGUUGGCCAGAGCCUCUAUGAAUGCCUGGAGCUUCCCCUGCCCGAUGAUCCUCCCAUGCGACCCUUUCCGGUGCUGAUAUACGGAGGCAGCACGGCAACAGGCACCCUUGCCAUUCAAUUUGCCAAACUGUCUGGCUUAGAGGUCGUCGCGACGUGCUCCCCUCCAAACUUUCAUCUCGUUCGCAGCCUCGGCGCGGACUACGUGUACGACUACAACUCACCAAGCUGCGCCCCCUCGAUCCGUAAGAUUACCAAGAACCGGCUCGCCCACGUCUUCGACACCAUUUCCACGCCCGAAUCGGCAGAGCUAUGCUGCUACGCGAUCGGCAGCUCAGGCGGCAAAUACACUGGCCUCAGCGGCCUGGCGGAGAUUCCACGAGAUGACGUUAAGAACCUUCACGUCAUGGCCUACACGGCCUUUGGAGAAGCCUUCGACUUUGGAGACGAAAACAUUCCUGCGGACCCCAAGGAGUACGACUUCGCCGUCAAGUUCAUGGGCUUGGCGCAGGGGCUGCUGUGGCAGGGGAGGAUCAGGCCGCAUCCGCAGAGCAUCAGGGCAGGCGGGUGGAAGGGCAUCCUGGAUGGGUUGCAGGAGAUGCGGGAGGGCAAAGUAUCGGGCGUGAAGCUGGUGUAUCCGGUUUGA